AUGACAGAGAAAAGGUUCAUGACCUAUGCCAGGUCCGAGGAAGGCGGUGACCUCACGAAGAGCCAGGCUGAGAAAAAAUGGGAGGAGAUGUGGAACAGCAGGGAUUAUGUCAAGCGUGGCAAGAAAAUCGCCGUCCCGAUUGAGGAGGACCUGGUGGACUUUUCCGAGAUGGCAAGAAAGCGGGCUAUUGAAGGUGAGCAAAGGCUGAAUGCGAACAUGAGCGAGGAGGAAAUGCAAGGCAAGCUGGCGAACUUGGUCGCCUCGGGGGACGGCUCUUUGGGCGCGGGCUUGAGCAUCGGUUCCCUGGUUGACAGCUUGGCUGCCAGUGGUGGCGACGAAGGCGAUGGCGCCGCUUUGGCGGCGCAGAACAUCUUCAAUCAAGAGCUUCCCCUUCCGGAUCUGCAUGCCAUGGCAGCUGGGAGGUCCGCCAGCAGCAAGCAGCCUGCUGCCAGUCUCCGCCGCACCAGCUUUGGAAGCAACAAGUCGGGGACACCAGCGUCAGCCGCAGCUUCGGACGGCUCGGAUGAUGGCUCUGGGUCCGAUUCGGACGACUCGGAAGAGUCUCAGCCUGAGGCUCCGAAAAAGAAGGCGAAGCUUGGUGGGAAGGAGGGCCAGGGCCAGCCGGGUCAGGGUCAGGGAGGAGGCAAGCAGAAAUGGUUUGAUGUCGGCACUGAGAAGGCCAAGGCUGAGCGACAAGUCCGGGAAACAAGGCACCGCUCCGAAAGCAAGAUGAGGACCCAGUUGGCUGCAAUGAAAGCGCAGUUAGAUUUGAGCCGUGCCGCCAGUGUCACGAAUGUGGUGGAGCUGCACAUCGUGAUAUCUCGACAGCAAGCACUUCAGAUCAUCUUCAAUGGCACCGCGGAUGACUUUAAGAAGUCAGGUGUUGAUGCACGCAGUGUGCGCUCGUCCGGCUCAGCGAACGAGAAGGCCCUGCUGGCAGCAGGACCGUGCAGCAACUUCAAGGAGCUGGUCACGCUUUCCGGCUUCGAUGGGAUGAAGCUCCUUGCGGACGCCCGGACAGAGGCCGACAUCGUGCUGGCGUUGAAGCAGGUAAAAGCUUUCAGUCAGCACUGGGACGAGUUGAUUGCUUCGUGCAAAACUGCAACAGGGGAGCUCAAAAGAGCAACAGCCAGCGCCAACAGGGACCAGGGUGCCCGCAGUCAGGCCAUGGGGAGAGCCAAGGGAAAGGCGGCGGCGAAGGCGAAGGCAACCAAAGAAGGCAACCAUGCCUUCCAAAUCUUUGACAUCCUUCCUCAUUUUGACUUGUGUGACGUGGACGGAGGCCCGCACAUGGACAAGGAUCACAAUUUGUCACAGCCUUGGCUGUUCACCUGGGAUGUGGAGGACCUGCCUGAGGACGCGUGUCCGCUGCUAAAGCUUGUGCCUCUGAAGGAUGCGAAGAAGAACCUGACAGAGACUGACAAACCUUUGCCAUCGUUGGUGGAAGAGAUAGAAGCCUUCGAAAGGAGUUUCAAAAAGCGUGAUCUCCGACUUGUUGCUGGGAAGGGCCAGCAAUCAUGCAAGGAGACGACCGCGCAAGCUGUGAGGACGCAUUUGCUGGGCUUGUUUCCGAAGAACACCGUGUGCGGCAAAGACGACAUCGACCCAUGUCUCUUCCAAAACCUGAGGAAGUCGCAGGCGCUCGAUCCCGCGAUUUGGGGCUGUGUGAAGGGCCAUCGCAGCGUCAAGUUCGAACUGGGCGCACUCCCGUGUGUGCGAUUCUGGUUGCAAGGCGAGCGGUCCUGUGUUUGCUUUCGCGAGGAGGCAAUCUUGGAGUUUCUCAGGCACAAGCAGAAGCAAGCCAGUAAGAAGGGCCAGGGAUCUUCUGCUGAGCCACUGUUUUCAUCCCAUGCUGUGGCAUGGGCCACACAUGUGAAGCGCAGUGAGUUCGGUGAGUACCUCGAGUUUGUUGAGAAGAUGGAUACGCCACAGGUGUGGCACACUGUCUUCCAACCUCCAGCUGCAUUGUAUCUGCCAGCCGGAAUCAUCGUUGCAGAGUUCAAUGACGAGCAGGAAGACAACCUUGGAUUGAAGGUGUGCUUUGCGGUGCCCCGCGAUACGGCAGGCACGGCUGUGUGCAGGGCCUUGGUAGGUGAGGCCAAGGACCAAGGCAAGACAAUACCCGUCUUGAGCGAUCUUGUGUUGUACUCGGACACCAAGCAGAAGGAGUUUGUGGACGAGCUCCUGGCAGAAAAGGAGAAAGAAAAGAAGGAGGAGGAAGAGGAGGAGGAGGAAAGAAAGAAGACAGAAGAGGAGGAGAAGAAGCGCAUCAAGGAAGCAGAGGAAACCGAAGCCAAGGAAGCAGAAAAGAUGAAGCAGGAGGAGGAAGCAAGAAACAAGGCAGAGGAGGAGGAGAAGAUGCGCAUCAAGGAAGCAGAGGAAGCCAAACCCAAGGAAGCAGAGGCAGAGGACUCAGAGGAAAAGCGGAAGCAGGAGCAGGAAGCAGGAAAGAAGGCAGAGGAGGAGGAGAGGCGUAACGAAGCAGAGGAAAAGAGGAAGCAGGAGGAGGAAGCAGGAAAGAAGGCAGAGGAGGAGAAGAAGCGCAAGGAAGCAGAGGAAAAGAUGAAGCAGGAGGAGGAAGCAAGACAGAAGGCAGAGGAGGAGGAGAAGAAGCGCAUCAAGGAAGCAGAGGAAUUCAAAGCCAAGGAGGCAGAGGAGGAGGAGAAGAUGCGCAUCAAGGAAGCAGAGGAAGCCAAAGCCAAGGAGGCAGAGGAAAAGAAGAAGCAGGAGGAGGAGGAAGCAAGACAGAAGGCAGAGGAGGAGGAGAAGAAUCGCAUCAAGGAAGCAGAGGAAGCCAAAGCCAAGGAGGCAGAGGCAAAGAGGAAGCAGGAGGAGGAGGAAGCAAGACAGAAGGCAGAGGAGGAGGAGAAGAAGCGCAUCAAGGAAGCAGAGGAAGCCAAAGCCAAGGAGGCAGAGGCAAAGAGGAAGCAGGAGGAGGAAGCAGGAAAGAAGGCAGAGGAGGAGAAGAAGCGCAAGGAAGCAGAGGAAGCCAGAGCCAAGGAGGCAAAGGCAAAGAGGAAGCAGGAGGAGGAAGCAGGAAAGAAGGCAGAGGAGGAGAAGAAGCGCAAGGAAGCAGAGGAAGCCAGAGCCAAGGAGGCAGAGGCAAAGAGGAAGCAGGAGGAGGAAGCAGGAAAGAAGGCAGAGGAGGAGGAGAAGAAGCGCAAGGAAGCAGAGGAAGCCAAAGCCAAAGCCAAGGAGGCAGAGGCAAAGGCAAAGAGGAAGCAGGAGGAGGAAGCAAGAAAGAAGGCAGAGGAGGAGGAGAAGAAGCGCAAGGAAGCAAAGAAGCAGGGGGACCAAAGCAAGAAAACUGAGGACCUGAAGCGCAAGGCAGCAACACCCAAGUAA